AUUUCAAUUUCAUUCGAGAGUCGACCGUCGAUAGUGGGAAACGCGUUUUUCAGCAGCAGCAACGUCUCGCCAAAAAAAAAUAAAAGUAUCUUUAAGUAUUUUGUGUUGUGCCAAGUUGCCAAUAAAUCAAACUGUGCUGAAAUGAAGGAAGCCGAUCUGGAUGAACAAUAUGCUCGCUUCCCAGAGAUUAAGCGUGCCGAGGUGCAAAAGUUUGUCGAUUGGAUACACGCCCAGCCGCACAUCUCCGCCCACUUCUCAGAGGGCGAGGCUCUGCACUUUUUCUAUGCCUGCAAAUACAGCAUGGAAGUGGCCAAACAGGUCCUGGACACGAAUCUGACGGCUCGCACCCAUUUGGACGACUUCUUUGUGAACCUGGAUAUCGAGUCCAAUGAAUUGAAACGCGCCAUGAAAACGGUAUCGGUUGUGCCGUUGCCAGGAACCACGCCCGAGGGUUAUCGCGUUAUUGUGGGCAAACUGUCCGAUUUAACUACCGCAAACUUCAACUACGCCGACGUCAUGAAACUCUACUGCAUGAUAUUCGAUUUUUGGAUGUACGAGGAUGGAAUUCAAAAGGGCCAUGUGAUUGUCAUCGAUCUCAAGGGCUGCUCUCUAGGUCACGUGGCGCGCAUUGGAUUGUUGCAAAUGAAAAAGUUCCUCUUCUAUCUGCAGGAAGCAGCAGCUUUAAGGCUUAUUGGCUUCCACUUUAUCAAUAUUGUACCCUUUAUGGACAAGAUAAUGGCUCUGAUGACUCCGUUUAUGAAAAAGGAACUUACUUCCAUUUUGUAUAUGCACAGCGAUCUGAAUGAAUUCUUUAAGUUUGUGCCCCAAAAGAUGCUCCCCAAGGAUUACGGUGGACCACUGGAGGAGAUGUGUGUGGCCAAGGAGCUUUACAAUCAGAAAUUAAUGGAUAAUCGCAAACAGAUGCUCGAGUUUGAGACAAGACAUCAGGUCAAUGAGAAACUCCGACCUGGCAAGCCAAAGAACGCCUCCGAUCUGUUUGGCAUCGAGGGUAACUUCAAGAAAUUGGAUAUCGAUUGAGCAAACCUAUGCAAGUUGCUAAUUAAAAUACAAUCUGGUUUUGUUUUCUUGGUGUAAGAUGCAUAGCUAAUAAAUGUUG